AUGCAGACAAAUCUAGUGUUAGUUAUUAUAUUAUACACGCAUAGUGUUGUCCCUGCACACAUUAGCACAAGAGCAUAUUUCGCCCCGGGCCACUCACCAACACCCAAGAAAACAAACGGUGAUCAACAAGACAGUGUAAAAAACAGAAAGUUUUCAUACAGCGUUAAACUAAUAUGUGGAAUAGAUUCACUCGAAGAUGACUACUACGGUUGUCAAGAAGUCCCUGAAAUAAGAAUUAGUGGUGGCAGUCCAGUUAUCAGGGAAAUUUUGGCUUUACGGAAUCUAGAACCUAAACUAGACAGUAGUGGGUUAACAGUGAGUGAGGCAACGACAGCUGAGAAGCCGACAUCUACAACGAAAUCGAACACAGUGGUGCUUCAAAGAAAAUUCUCUAAUACGCAAACCUUUACCACGCACAACCACGACGACGACAAGGACGACGGCGACAACAAAGACGACAACGACAAAGACGACAAAGAUGACAACAACGACAAAGACGACAACAACGACAAAGACGACAACAACGACGACGACGCCGACGCCCAAAACAAAAAGCACUACCACUCCUAG